AUGUCCGAUGCGGCUGCUUUGGCCAGCAGUGAUGAGGAGGCGGCUGUCCCCAAUGGCAGCAUCAACCAACAUUCGACGUAUAUUCAGCGUGAAUAUAACGAUGCACGCUUGGACCGUGUGGCCACCUAUACAAUAACCACAAUGCGCCUCAAACCAGAUAAAUGGGGUAAAAUGAUGGCCAACGAUGAGUUUCGUCGCAUCGUCCUAGACUGGGCAAACGGACAAAUACGAGUUCUCAUCAUAACGCUCAGUCCGGGCGGUGAGCUGGUUCCACGUAGCUGCAUCAGUGACUUGUAUCGCAAGUACACUUUAGCCAGCGGCAUCGGUUUACGUGGCAGUAAUCAGCAGCAGCAGGAAGAUGUGGCCAUGGCCACAGCAACAGUGUCCGCUGUGUCUGCGGUAAUGGCGGCUACACCAGGCGCACUUUUGGUCCCAUUGCCACCAGCCUCGUCCAGUUUCACCACACUGGAUGGUGUGCCACGUGGCAAGUGUGCCUACUUCAUACGUCGCAGCAGUGGCGGUGGCUCUGCAUUCAAGCUGACAGAGGCUAAUUUUGCAUCCAGUGUCCUUUAUGGAGAUUUUCCAGUUCAUAGCAAAAUCGAGACAAUGUCGCUGGUGUUUGAUGAGAUACUGCAACCCUUACUGGAGCAGGCGCAAAGUCAAUGGCCUGCUCUGGUGCAAAAGGAUCUACAGACGCGCAUCAAGGAAGUAAGAAACACCCUUACAGAGAUUAAGGGCAAAACCAACAAUCGCACAAUUUUAUCGUUAUUAGUUUCGCCAACAAUCGUCGAGGAAGUGUUUGCGCACGUGGACCGAGGCCAACUGCGUCCCGCCUUGGAUCCAAAGUUUCGUAAUUUAUUGGAGGAAAUGUUCAUCAAUUGGACAACCCAAAUGCAUGACAUUGUCAUGGAGCGUUCCGAAUGCCAGCCCAUGAGUCUAGCAACGGCUUCUUCAGUCGGCAACAGCAUCAGUAUUCCCUCGAAGCACAUAAAUAUGGUAUCGCUGCCAGCCCAAGAGAUUGGCUUCUGGACAAAUCGUAAACUAAAUUUACAGAAUAUCUACGAUCAAUUAAGGGAGCCAACUCACAAAACUUUGGCACUAAUACUCGAGCGAAUUGAGUCUGUGUAUUAUGAACCAUAUGCCAAGGCAUUUCGUCAACUUGUCACCGCUUGGCUUGAAGCCCAGGAUGUAUCGUUGUGGCUGCAACCUCUGCUGCGACACACUUCCGCCUUCAAUUCGGUGCAAUUUAGCAAUGGUCAUGAGUUGAUUGCCCCACUGGUGCAUGUAGUCCAUUUGAUUUGGAGCAAUGCUCGCUUCUACCGCAGUUCCCGAAGGAUGAGUGUCCUACUGCGUUGCAUCUGCAACAUGUUGGUGCAUCGUGCUGCCGAAGAUCUUGAGUUUCCUCUGCUCUUUCAAGGGGAUGCCGAUGAGGGGCUUCAAAGAAUAAAUCGAACCAGCAAAGUCUUGGAGUUUUUCAAACAACGCACUCUCGAGUAUAAAGAACGCUAUGCCAGCAAUCAGAUUUUACUGCCUGCCUUGCCGGAAGCUGCGCAUUCUCCACCAGUCGGCGACGACGAUGAGGGCCAACAGCAAUUGUGGCGCUUCUCCAGCGAGGAAGUGUUUGGUCAAACACUUGAUGGCUUCUUGGCCCAGCUGUCGGAAUUGCGUCAAGUGUUUGAGGCUGCGGUGCAGUUUCAGCAACUAGAGAAAUUGGAAAUUGGUGGAUUGCGUGGCAAGCUUCUCACUGAACGUUUGCGAGAGAUCUUUAAUGAGUUUAAACUGCUCUUUGAGCAGUGGAGCAAUGUUGACAUUGAUCUCGCAGCUCCAGCUGCUCACAAAUGGAAAUGUUUUAAGAGGGAGCAGAAUAUAUUCUUUGCUCGCAUGCAAUUGCUAGAACAGAAAUUGGCCACAAUUUUACUUCAGGCCUUCGAACAGUGUCCCAGUUGGAGACAUUUGGUCAGGCUCACACUUAUGUUUGGCACUUUGUUGCAGCGACGAGCCGUACAGCCGGAACUAGUGUGCCUCUUACCCCAUAUAAUGAGUAUCUAUGAUCAGGAACUGAUGCAACUGGAGCAGAGUGUGGGAGAAGUUCUUUUGGGCUAUGACUUGCGUGGUUUGCCAGCUGUGCCCUUGCCAUUCAAUUUUCCUCCCAUUGCCGGGGCCAUGAUGUGGUUGGAACAGCAUAUCAAAUGCUGCGAUGAAUUGGGAGCCAAGCCAUUGACACAACUGAUUGAGAUAUUAUUGUGUGAGAAGUCAGAGCUUCAAACUUUACCCUCAAGGUGGAAAUCUUUAUUGUCACGGCGGAAUAUUUUGACCACCAAAUUGAGUACUCUUCAAAUGAAAAUCUGGAACAAUUGGCAACAGGGAAUAGACAAACAAAUUGCCAAAGGACUUGAAGAAUCGGUUCUCACACAAUUAGCCGACGUUAAGCAAUUGCAUUUGAAUUUUUCCCUAGCUCUAUUCACUUUGCUUAAGGAAACGAAAUAUUUUCUAACCCUGCAAGCAACUGGCAGUUUAUCAGAGGAUCUUUUCCAAUUGCCAAAGUCAUUGCUUUCGCUAUAUGCCCAAAGGGAUGACUAUUGGCAGCGUCGCAUACGUUUAAUCAAAAUCGAGGAGUAUUAUAAUGGCAUAAGAAGUGGAAAAUGUGCUCCAGCCGAGUUGCAAUUGAUUGGCCAUGAGCUGGUGACUAUAGAUGAGCUGGUGGAAAAGGCAUGUAAGCGUCUAACCUGGCAAAAUUAUGAUGAUGAACUUAUUGGCUGUAUUUUUGAGCAGUCAAGCAACUUAUUUAGUCGCCUGCAGCAAUCGCAUGCUAAUUUGGAUGCCAUAUUGGCAAGCAUGCGUCGUUGGAGUCGCGAGCCAUUGCAUCAGCGUAGUCUCUAUGGACGCAAUCUCCUGGAUUUGCGACAUCAGCAGGAGCGUGUGCGUUUGCGUUUGCUGCAAUGUGAUGAGACGCGAAUGUUGUUGAAUCGUCUAUUGAUAGCAAAUUUCUGUUUAUUCUUCAACUAUGAAACCCAAGAGUUUCAACUUUAUUCACGUGACCUUAACGUGCAGGAAUUCGUUUUAGAAUUUCCCAAAGAGCAGCGAUAUCAAUAUAAUAAAUAUUUGGCUAGUGUGGAUGAGCUAAUUGCCCAGGAAGUGCGUCAGGCUAUGAAAAUCAGUUUAGAGUAUUUGUACAAAGAAAUGACGGCAACGGCAGCAGCAACACCAACACCAACACCAACAACAUCAACAACACCAGAAACGGAGGCAGCAACAAAAAUUGCACCUAGUAGUAUGGCAAGGUUAGUGCUACAACAAAUCACAAUGCCGCAAGCGACAACAACAACAGCAACAACAGCAACCAUUCAGGAUGCACCGCUCUUCGAAGUAAAAUUGGAACUGACGGAAACGGAAAUACGCUUCUCGCCAGCCUUUGAUGCAAGUGUGGAAAAUAAUUUUCAACAAAUUGUCGAGCAGCUGUUGCUGGAUAUAAAACAGACAUGCAACUGCAUGCCAAGAAUUGUGGCUGACAGUGCCCUGUCAGAGGAUGAGGAUGAAGAUGACGAUGAGAAUGAGAAUGAGAAUGACGGCGAUGACGAUGGCUAUGACAACAACGAUGAGGCACAAUUGGCAAAGGAGGCAAAAAAAUCUUUUCAAGAACCCCGCCAGCAGCAGGUCGUGCAGUUCAACUUUCUGGCUGCGGCAAAGGCAUAUAGCGAAAAAAAGGAAUGUAAUGAAGACUUGGCACUCCUGGAGCAGGCCAUACGCAAUGCCUUGGCAGAUACUGUGCAGUCCUCAUUGACUUAUGCUGCCAAAUUCCACGCCUAUGAAUUCCUUUGGAAGCAAGAGAGCAGCCAAGUGCUAGCGGCUUGCAUGAAGACAGCUCGCGACCAGACCAACCAUGUCAGUGGCGGGGGCUUUGCCAUCAUGGAGACAUUCAAAAAGGAGAUUGAGCACUACAAUGAGGUACACGAUGCCAUCGACCAGGAUGAGAAUCGGCAUUGCAUCAACGGUUGGUUGGCAUUGGAUCUGAAGCCACUUAAAUUUGCACUGCUCAAUCAUGCCUGCAAAUGGUCUCAUCUCUGCAAGCAAUGGCUCUUGCGCUAUGUACAAUGCACUCUAAAGGAAUUGAAUGGCUUUAUUGCUCGUGGUCAUGAGACACUGCAAUUGCAUAUUGCCCGUCAGGAUUUCAAGGCACUUUUGCGUGUCCUGGGUAUUGUGGCGGAAAUCCGACAACGUGAACCCUAUGCCGACAAUCUCUUCAAGCCGCUCAAGGAUAUUAUGGGCCUGCUCAAGACCUACAACGUUGAGUUUGAGGCUCAGCUGUUGCGUAGCAUCGAACAGUUGCCCACACAGUGGCAGCAGCUUAAAUUGAAAGCUCUGGCCAAACAGGAGGCCCUACAGGAUACGCGCUACCAUCAGCAGCAGCGAGUUGGGGCUUUGAUUGGUCUGCACACGUGCCAUCUGCAACAUUACGUCAUCAAGCAAUUCCAACGCAUGUCGUUCUUUCGUGUACCCUGCCCGCAGGUCUACGAUGACUGCGAUAAGGUCUACGUGCGUUUACAUCGCUUUGGUAAUCAGCAACGUCGCUAUACACACUGGGCCAGACUCCUAGAUAUUCCUGCUCCCGAAACGGCAACGUUGCAAUUGUGUCACAUCGAACUUCGACGAGUAAAGCAAUUGUGGGACUUUGUGCGCGUCAUCGAGUCCUGCAUUGUUGACUGGCAUGGGACACCUUGGCUGCUCAUCGAUACAGAUGACAUGGAGCAUGAGUGCAAGAAAUUUACACGCGAUCUACGUACACUGGACAAGUGUAUCAGAGAAUGGCAGCCGUAUGUGUACAUUGUGGGUGUUCUGCGUGAAUUGGUCGCCUCGCUGCGAGCUAUUACCGAGCUGCAGAAUUCAGCAAUUACUGAACGCCAUUGGCUUGAACUGAUGCAACUGACAAAGAUGAGAUACAAAAGCAAUUCGUCCACCAGUCUGGCCGAAUUGCUUACACUGAAACUGCAUCAUCACGAGGAGGAUAUUAAAAACACUGUGGAUCGUGCCAUUAAAGAGAUGACAGUCACCAAAGUUCUAGAUGACAUAAGGGCCAUUUGGUCCCAUUUGGAGUUCGAAUUGGAAGACCAUCAUACACGUUGCAAUAUAAAAUUGCUCAAAGUAUCCGAAGAACUAAUUGAAACAUUGGAUGACAAUCAAAUGCAAUUGCAGAAUAUAUCCACAUCCAAGCAUAUUGAAUAUCUGUUGGACAAACUCAAUCAUUGGCAGCGUGUUCUCAGUGGCAUUGACAAUUUGAUUGGCAAUUGGUUUGAGGUUCAGCGGAAAUGGAUUUACUUGGAGUGCAUUUUCAUUGGAUCGGCCGACAUACGAGCCCAAUUGCCGGCAGAGGCAGCGAACUUUGAGCAAAUUGAUCGCGAUUUCACGCAGCUUCUGGCUCAGGUCAGUCAAGUUCGUGUCGUCAUGCAGGUUGUGCUGCAGCAUACCGAUAUCCUGGCCCAACUGUUGCAAUUGCAGCAGCGUCUGGCCAUAUGCGAAAAGGCCUUAAAUGAUUACCUUGAGACGAAGCGUUUGGCUUUUCCCCGUUUCUAUUUCAUUUCAUCAGCCGAUCUCCUAGACAUACUUUCAAAUGGCAAUAAUCCACAAGUGAUUGAUCGGCAUUUGAUCAAGCUUUUCGAUUCCAUACUCAGGCUACAAUACGAAACGAAUACCACUCAUGCCGUUGGUAUGCACUCCAAGGAGAAUGAUGAGUAUGUACCUUUUGUGGGCGAAACUGGAGGCGGGCAGAUCUUCAUCGAAUGCAGUGGUCGUGUUGAACUCUGGCUACGGGCCAUUAUCUAUCAAAUGCGAAGCACUCUGCAUGAACUCUUUCGCCGGGCAUUGCAUGCAUUUGGGGAGAAGCCACGCGAAUUGUGGCUCUACGAUUGGCCAGCCCAGGUGGCCCUCUGCUGCAGCCAAAUCAGUUGGACAGCGGAUGUGAAUCGUUCAUUUGCCAACAUGGAAGAGGGCUAUGAGGGCGUGAUGAAAGAGUUGCACAAACGACAAAUGGCCCAGCUUAAUGCCUUGAUCAAUUUAUUGCUGGGCGAGCUAACCCCUGGCGAUCGUCAAAAGAUCAUGACCAUAUGCACAAUCGAUGUCCACUCGCGAGAUGUGGUGGGUAAAAUCAUUUCAUCCAAGGUCGACAACUCAUUGGCCUUUCAAUGGCAAAGCCAACUUAGACAUCGCUGGGAUGAUGACCAGGCCGGUAGUUCAAGUAGUGGCCGUGGUGCCCUUAGCCGCGGCGAAGAGGAUUGCUUUGCCAACAUUUGCGAUGCUGAAUUUCGUUAUGCCUACGAGUAUCUUGGCAAUACUUCACGUCUAGUCAUCACACCACUCACCGAUCGUUGCUACAUCACUCUGACUCAGUCACUGAGGCUGAGGUUGGCCGGUGCAACCGCUGGACCGGCUGGUACGGGAAAAACUGAAACAACCAAAGACCUGGGACGGGCACUGGGCGUAAUGGUUUAUGUCUUCAACUGUUCGGAGCAAAUGGACUACAAAUCUUGCGGCAACAUUUACAAAGGGCUGGCCCAGACCGGUGCCUGGGGCUGCUUUGACGAGUUCAAUCGCAUCUCUGUUGAGGUUCUCUCCGUGGUGGCCGUUCAGGUGAAGACCAUACAGGAGGCGAUAAAGAUGCAUAAAACCCAAUUUAUCUUUAUGGGCGAGAGCAUUUCGCUGGAGUCGUCGGUUGGCAUUUUUAUCACAAUGAAUCCUGGGUAUGCCGGUCGAGCUGAAUUGCCAGAGAACCUGAAAACAUUGUUUCGUCCAUGCGCCAUGAUUGUGCCGGACUUUGCCUUGAUUUGUGAGAUUAUGUUAAUGGCAGAGGGCUUCCAAGAUGCCAGACUGCUGGCACGUAAAUUUAUCACACUGUACAUGCUGUGCAAGCAGCUGCUGUCAAAGCAGGAUCACUACGAUUGGGGACUCAGGGCCAUCAAAUCGGUUCUUGUGGUGGCUGGCACACUAAAGCGCGAUGACCACAGUCGGCCAGAGGAUCAGGUGUUAAUGCGGGCAUUGCGUGACUUUAAUAUACCGAAAAUUGUGACUGAGGAUGUUCCCAUAUUUAUGGGUCUCAUUGGUGAUCUCUUUCCGGCCCUGGAUGUGCCGCGAAAGCGUGUCUUUGAGUUCGAGAAGACCAUUAGGCGGGCGGUUAAUGAAAUUAAACUACAGCCCGAGGAGGGUUUUCUCAUGAAAGUGGUGCAAUUGCAGGAGCUUCUCGAUGUCCGUCAUUCGGUAUUCAUUGUGGGCAAUGCCGGCACUGGCAAGACCAAAAUCUGGCAAACAUUACGUGAAACUUAUCGCAUACAGAAAAUGAAGCCAGUGUGCAAUGUCCUCAAUCCAAAGGCUCUAUCGAAUGAUGAGCUCUUUGGCAUAGUGAAUCCCACGACACGCGAAUGGAAAGAUGGUUUGUUCUCUUCGAUAAUGAGAGAUCAGGCCAAUAUGCCGCCGGGUAAUCCCAAGUGGAUAGUCCUCGAUGGUGACAUUGAUCCCAUGUGGAUUGAGAGUCUCAAUACAUUGAUGGACGACAACAAAAUCUUGACAUUGGCUAGCAAUGAGAGAAUUUCAUUGAAACGAGAGAUGCGUCUGCUAUUCGAAGUUGGACACCUGAAGGCAGCCACACCAGCCACUGUCUCGAGAGCGGGAAUUCUCUAUAUUAAUCCACAGGAUCUUGGCUGGUCACCGUAUGUCUCAUCUUGGCUGGAAACUCGUGUGGACAUGAUUGAGAGAGGCAUUCUGACCACCCUCUUUGAGAAAUAUUUUCCCUGUUUGAUGCAGCGCCAUCGAGAUUUUCGGCGCAUCACACCCAUCACGGACAUGGCCAUGAUACAAAUGACCUGUCACCUACUCGAAUGUCUGCUGGACACAAAUGGGAAUGGGACAAAUGGCUCAACCGAUGGCCGUAUGGAUGGACCGAAAGCUGGCAUCAAUCCACAUAGCCUGCAUCAUGGUGAACUUUCGCAUGAAUCCGCCGAACUGGCCCUCGAGACGAUUUUCGUAUAUGCAAGCGUUUGGAGCUUUGGUUCGGCAUUGCAUCAGGAUCUAAUUAUUGACUGGCAUCGCGAAUUUCACAAGUGGUGGACGGGUGAAUUCAAGGAUGUUAAAUUACCAAACGUUGGCACCGUAUUCGACUAUCAUUUGAAUGUGCAGACAUUAAAGUUUCAGUCAUGGUCCGAAAUGGCUGCCCAAGAGCAGCCACCGGAUGGAGUACAAAUUGAUCCCGAGAUGCCAUUGCAGAACGUGCUCAUUUCAACUGCAGAGACCACACGUCUGGCCUAUUUCCUCAAGCUGCUCAUUGACCGCAAUCUGGGCUGCAUGCUGGUAGGCAACUCCGGCUGCGGCAAGGGCGCCAUCUUUCGUGAGCUCUUUAGCAAAUAUGCCAGUGACCAGGAGCUACUCGAAAUCGCUGUGACAGCUGUCAACGACAGUCAACAGCAACAGCCAGCACCUCUGAAUAACCCGAUGUCAACAACAACAACUCCAGGAGUGGCUAGCAUACGUCGCAAGUCUUCGUCGUCGACAUCGCCAAUGCUGACCACUGUGCAGGCAACUCAUUUCAACUUCUAUACCACGUCCGAGAUAUUCCAGAAAAUGUUAGAUGGCCCUCUGGAGAAGAAAUCGGGCCGAUGCUAUGCCCCCAGUGGGCCCAAAAGGCGUCUCAUCUAUUUCGUUAACGAUCUCAAUAUGCCCGAAGUGGAUGCCUACGGUACAGUGCAGCCGCAUACCAUAAUGCGUCAAUUCAUGGACUACAGACAAUGGUACGAUCGUCAGCGUUUACAAUUGAAGGAUAUAAGACACUGCCAGUUUGCAGCCUGCAUGAAUCCUACAGCUGGCUCUUUCACCAUCGAUCCCCGGCUGCAGCGUCACUUUUGUGUAUUCUCGGUGGCCACUCCGGGCGAGGAGACUCUCCAUUAUAUCUACAGUAGUAUUUUAAAUAAUCAUUUGGAGCAUCCUGCUCAGGGUUUUAGCAAGGAAAUACGUUCGAUAGGCAAUCUAUUGGUACGUGUUGGCAUUGCCCUGCAUCGCCGUGUGGAAUACGCCUUUCUGCCAACGGCAGUAAAGUUCCAUUACAUUUUCAAUUUACGAGAUCUCACCAGCAUCUAUCAGGGACUCAUGAAUAGUGUGGGAGCACCGAGUUCUGGUCAAGCGGCUAGUUAUGGUGGCACCAUAUGCAGUAAACCCUCUGAGCUAAUCCGUCUCUAUGUGCACGAGGCUUAUCGGGUCUAUCACGAUCGACUGGUCGAUCUGUAUGAUAUCAAAUCUUUCAAAUCCUCCAUACGGGAUAUCUUCAAAAAGGAUUUCGAGGAUUUUGACGAGGAAUUUGUAUUUGCCGAGCCCUUAAUCUACAGUCACUUUUCUCAAUCGCUGGUGGAUCAAAAGUAUAUGCCCUUGAAGAACUGGGAAUCGUUAUAUCAACUUUUACUAGAGGCACAGGCCAGUUACAAUGAGGUUGUGGGUUAUAUGAAUCUGGUACUCUUUGAAGAUGCCAUGAUACAUGUCUGUCGAAUUAAUCGCAUAUUGGAGAGUCCGAGGGGCAAUGCUCUGCUAAUUGGAGUAGGCGGCUCAGGCAAACAAACGUUGGCUCGUCUGGCGGCCUUUAUCUCAUCGCUGAGUGUCUCGCAAAUUCAGAUAAAACGCGGUUUUGGUUUGCUCGAUAUGAGAGAAGAAAUAGCCACACUCUAUAUGAAAGUUGGCCUAAAAAAUCUAGCUUCAGUCUUUCUCAUUUCGGAUGCUCAAAUACCCGAUGAAUCGAUACUAAUGCUGAUCAAUGAUCUCCUUGCAUCGGGUGAAAUUCCCGAUCUCUUCAAUGACGAUCAAAUGGACACAAUUGUAAACGGCAUUAGGAAUGAGGUGAAGCAGAGCGGCAAUUUGGACACCAAAGAGAACUGUUGGCGUUAUUUUGUAGAGAAAGUACGAAGAUUGCUAAAAGUCGUACUUUGCUUCUCACCAGUUGGUCAAACAUUGCGAGUGCGUGCCCGAAAAUUUCCAGCAAUUAUUAGUAGAACGGCUAUCGAUUGGUUUCACGAGUGGCCAAAAAGUGCUUUGGAAUCUGUAUCACAGAAAUUUCUCAACGAAAUCAGUAACAUUUUGGAGCCCGGUCUGGUGCCACCCAUUGGGAUUUUUAUGGCCUACGUCCAUGGGACCGUGAAUCAGAUAUCGAAAAUUUAUCUACAGAAUGAAAAACGCUACAACUACACGACCCCAAAAACUUUUCUCGAAUACAUUUUCCUCUACCGCAAACUGUUGGUGGACAAAAAUGGAGAGUUCGCUGAACGCAUUGCACGACUCCAGAGUGGCAUGGCCAAGCUGGCCGAGUGCGCGCGUCAGGUGGACACAUUAAAGCAUCAACUGGCCAUACAGGAAGUCCAAUUGGCAGCAAAAAAUGCCGCAGCUGAUAAAUUGAUUGUGAUUGUCAGCGCGGAAAGUGAAAAGGUGAAAAGGGAACGUUUCAUAGCCUCGGAGGAGGAGAAACGCGUACGCAUUAUCGAGGAAGAUGUUUCGAUCAAAACGAAAAUGUGUGAAGAGGAUCUUAGACAGGCUGAACCCGCUCUGGUGGCAGCACAGGCUGCUCUCAAUACGUUGAACAAAAACAAUUUAACCGAGUUAAAGUCAUUCGGAUCACCCCCCAAGGCGGUCAUCAAUGUGUGUGCUGCUGUCAUGGUUCUAUUGGCCACAAAUGGCAAAAUCCCAAGAGAACGCAGCUGGAAGGCAGCCAAGCUGAUGAUGGUUCGUGUCGAUCAGUUUCUCAAUGAUCUACUCAACUACAACAAGGACAAUAUACAUCCAAAUAUAAUUGAAACAUUGCAGGAAUAUCUUAAGGAUCCUGAAUUCAAUCCCGAUAAAGUAGUACAAAAGUCUGUGGCCGCUGCUGGCCUUUGCGCCUGGGUCAUCAAUUUGCAUCGCUACCAUCAGGUCUUUCUGAUUGUCGGUCCCAAGCAGCAGGCUCUGCAAGACUCACACCAGGAAUUGCUAGAGGCCCGCGAACGUUUGCAAUAUCUUAAGGCAAAGAUCAACAAUUUGGAGGCCAAAUUGGCCGAAAUUCAAGCUGAAUUUGAGCAUGCAGUGGCCGAAAAGCAAAAAUGCCAACAGGAGGCGGAUAAAACUGCCUUUACCAUCGAUUUGGCGCAUCGCCUGAUACACGGUCUCUCCAAUGAGAAUAUACGCUGGCGCGAGUCCAUCCAAAGUUUACAAGCUAAAAUUGGCACACUACCUGGAGAUAUACUGUUAAUUUCCUCCUUCCUGUCGUACGUGGGCUGCUUUACGCGUCGCUAUCGUGAGGAGUUGCAACACAAAAUGUGGCUACCGAAUUUUCGUAAAAUCGAUCCGCAUAUACCGCAUACCGAGGGUGUGGAUACAUUGGCUCUCUUCUCGGAUGAUGCACAAAUUGCUACAUGGAACAAUGAGGGUUUGCCCAUGGAUCGCAUGUCCACGGAGAAUGCAACCAUUUUACAACAUUCAACGCGUUGGCCUCUUAUGAUUGAUCCGCAGCUGCAAGGCAUUAAAUGGAUUAAGAAUCGUUUUGGUGCCUCUUUAGUUGUCCUGCGUCUUAAUCAGCGUGGUUUUCUGGAGUCCCUGGAGAAGUCCAUUUCAGCGGGCGACACGGUUUUGAUAGAGCAAAUCGAGGAAACAAUGGACACAGUCUUGGAACCUCUGCUCAGUCGGGCAUUGAUCAAAAAGGGACGCUAUCUGCGUAUCGGAGACAAGGAAAUCGAAUUCAAUGCAAAUUUCCGUCUCAUCUUGCACACCAAGGUGGCGAAUCCGCACUACAAGCCGGAAAUGCAGGCGCAGACGACAUUGAUUAACUUUACUGUGACACCGGAUGGUCUGGAGGAGCAACUGUUGGCGGAAGUGGUCAAAAUCGAGAGGCCGGAUUUGGAGCUGAUGAAAACAGAGGUCACGGUGCAGCAAAAUAAAUUUAAAAUCUCACUAAAAGCCUUAGAGGAUGAACUGCUGGCCCGCUUGGCAUCGGCGGGUGAGAAUGUUCUCGAUGAUCAUGCUUUGGUCUUGAAUCUGGAAAAUACCAAGCGAACAGUGGACGAAAUUGAGGCCAAAGUGAAGGAGGCACGUCUGACCACUUUGCAGAUUGAUGAGACCAGGAACAUCUAUAGAUCGGCAGCCAAACGGGCAGCUAUUUUAUAUUUUGUUCUCACGGAUUUGAGUCGCAUCGAUCCCAUCUACAAGUUUUCACUUAAAUCCUUUAUGCAUGUCUUUCGCCAGGCCAUUGCCGUGGCUCCAACCGACUGCAAGAGCUAUGAGAAGCGAGUGGGUCAUCUGGUGGACUCGAUUACUCUACAAACCUAUCGCUAUACCCUGAGGGGAUUAUUCGAAGCGGACAAACUGACCUUCACCUCACACAUGACGCUGCGAAUUCUAAUUGCCGCCGAACAGGUGGCCAAAGAUGAGACAGAUUUCUUGUUGCGUUAUCCCCACGAUCCAAAUACUCUGUCGCCGCUUGAUUUCGUGGGACGCAGUGCGUGGGGUGGCAUCAAAUCAUUGACCCUGAUUGAGCAUUUCUAUGGCAUCGACAAGGACAUGGAAAACUACACAAAACGUUGGCGCAAAUUCAUGGCCAGCGAUACACCUGAACGGGAAGCAUUUCCUGGUGAGUGGAAGCAUCGGACUCCCUUGCAAAAAUUAUGCAUAAUCCGUGCCCUGCGUCCAGAUCGCAUGACCUAUGCCAUGCGGCAGUUUGUGGAACAAACCAUGGGUCGUCCCUAUGCAGAGGAACAGACGCCCUCGUUUAUGGCCAUAUUUAAGGAGUUGAAUUCAGCUACUCCAGCAUUUUUUAUACUCUCACCCGGAGUAGAUCCCAUACGCGAUGUGGAGCGAUAUGGGCAAAAGCAAGGCUUUCAUUCAGAAGCUGGCACUCUAAUCAACAUUUCGCUGGGUCAGGGACAGGAAUCGCUAGCCGAACAGGCCAUCCAGCAGGCCCUGGACUCGGGUCGGCAGUGGGUAAUUUUGCAGAAUAUCCAUUUGGUUGUCAAUUGGUUGCCCACUUUGGAGAAACUAAUCGAACGCAUUGUGCUGCAGAGUGAGACGGACGGCGAAUCCAAUUUUCGCCUCUUCAUCAGCGCUGAACCAGCUCCCGAUCCUCAGUAUCACAUCAUACCGCAGGGCAUACUGGAGUCUUCGCUCAAAGUCGUGAAUGAACCGCCCGCCGGGAUGGCAGCCAAUCUACAUAAGGCAUGGGAUAAUUUCUCCCAGGAUGUCCUGGAAACAUGCACCCAGGAAGCGGAAUUUAAGUCCAUACUCUUUGCCCUCUGCUAUUUCCAUUCGGUGGCCGGCGAACGACGCAAAUUCGGUCCUCAGGGCUGGAACAAAGUGUAUCCCUUUAAUAUAGGUGACUUGACCAUUUCGGCGAAUGUAUUGCACAACUAUUUGGAGCACAACAGCAAUCGCAUACCUUUCGAGGAUUUGCGGUAUCUCUUUGGUGAGAUUAUGUAUGGCGGUCACAUCACCGACGAUUGGGAUCGUCGCUUGUGUCAGACCUAUUUGGAGGAGCUACUGCAACAAGAUCUCAUUGAUGGUGACUUCGAGCUGUGUCCUGGGUUUCCCGCUCCGCCAAAUCUAGACUUUGAUGGCUAUCACGCUUACGUUAACGAGAUGCUACCCGAGGAAUCUCCUCUGCUCUAUGGCCUGCAUCCAAAUGCUGAAAUUGGUUUUCUUACCACGGCCUCGGAACAAUUGUUACGUACCAUUUUCGAGCUGCAGCCACGUGAAUCCGAGCUGAGCUCACACUGUGGAGCACCGCGCGAGGAGCUGGUUAAGAUUAUGAUCGAUGACUUCCUCGACAAGUUGCAGGAUGAGUUCAAUUUGGAGGCCCUGCUAAAUCGUGUGGAACGCAAGACUCCGUUUGUGGUUGUCGCCCUGCAAGAGUGCGAACGCAUGAAUGCUCUCAUACGAGAGAUCAAACGUUCGCUGCGUGAACUUAUGCUAGGCCUGAGGGGAGAACUAACAAUAACCCAGGAGAUGGAACGUCUGGAUCAUGCCAUUUUCUAUGAUCAUGUGCCCGAUGCCUGGGCCCAAUUGGCCUAUCCCAGCAAUUUGGGCCUUCAGGCUUGGUUUGCCGACCUCCUGCAUCGCAUCAAAGAACUAGCCGGUUGGCUAAAUGAUUUCAAGCUUCCGUGUGUCAUCUGGCUGGGGGGUUUAUUUAAUCCUCAAAGUUUUCUUACUGCCAUCAUGCAGGAGAGUGCACGCAAACAUGAUCUACCCCUGGAUCGCAUGUUGAUUAGUUGCGAUGUAACCAAGAAGCAAAAAGACGAUGUAACUCUGCCACCCAUGGAGGGUGCUUUUGUCCAUGAAAUAUAUAUGGAUGGUGCCAGUUGGGAUUGCCAGCUAAAUUCCAUUGUUUCGCUGCAUCCCAAGGAAUUACUAUGCGCCAUGCCCGUCAUCUAUAUCAAGUCUAUUGUCCAGGAGAAACAAGAGCUGCAACGCAUUUACGAGUGUCCGCUAUACAAGACCAGAUCGCGUGGCAACACUUAUGUCUGGACCUUCAAUCUCAAGACACGCGAGCGUCCAGCUAAAUGGGUAUUGGGCGGUGUAGCCCUUCUCCUCCAGCAAUAAACAAAACGCCAACUACAAAGCGAAAAAGUCUCUUUUUUUAUGCCAACCAACUAAUCAUCAAUUUAUUUAUAGCUCAUAUCGCGCAAAUUCACGUGAAGCUAACGUAAUUUUCUGUGUGGCAAUUUCUAUUAUCUAAUGGCGUAGCGAAACUCUCGAAAUUGCUGUUGCUAUCGUUGGACUCUGUAUUGUGAGGAGGUUCCAUGUCUGGAGUUCAGAACUUCCUCUAUUAGGGCUAGGCCUUUUGUUUAAACUUUAAAAACCAUGCAAUUUCAAAAUUCCACUUAAAUGAUAACACAAGUCAGACAGAGAGAUAUCAAAUGACAUUAUGGCAGACAUUUUUUUCCAUUCAAUAUUCAAAGCUCGACUCAACCUUCCUUUUGAACCCAUCGUUCUAGACAAACAACUCGAUUUACAGACAGACAAAUAACACACAAAUUUCAUCAGACGUCACAGAGACGACAACAACGUUCGAGAGAAAUGGUCAGAUUAGCUAUCUAACUAAAAGCGUCAUAUUGCAUAGAACAAAGUCUGACCCUUCUCAC